CGCUGCCCCCUCGGGGAAUGGAACACCCUGUAAGCCCCCCAGUAGCACUGAGUCGUCAAAUGAAGGACACAUCAAGGGGAGUGCUGUCUCAAGUCUCAACCUCCUUGGGCUUCUACCAGAAAAGACACGGUAGGAAUCGCCACGGGCAGGUGCUCCAACUCCCGCUUACUGAGCCCUUAAGUACAUUUUCCACAUUAUCUUCUUCAAUGCUUAAAAGGACUCAUGAGACAGACACUCUUAAUCCCCCAUUUUACAGAAGGAGGAACUGAGUCUCACAGAAGGUAGCUGCAAGGUCGUGUGGCUGGGAAGCGCAGCCGAGUCAGAGUCCCCACCUUUCACCUGGAGCUGCCUGGUUUCCUUGGAGACUGCUGAUCUCCUUUAGGAGUCACUGUCACGCGGACUGAGAUCAGAGAAAGUGCGUGCAUAGAAUGAUUGGGUAGAGCAUUUGGUGAGAAGAGCCCCACAGAAUGUUCUGGAAGCAGAAAUAGCCAUUCUCUUAGAGUCUAGAAACGUCUCUGAACUAGCCUGCUCUGCCCACACCUUGGAAUAUCUAGAUCCUUGUCCACCCUUAGCUGAUUCCUGCCAUAGACGAGGGCGUUUGUCCUCUAUGCCAGGGCUGGAUACCGCGCAGCCCACUCUUAAAUCCACCUUCCACCUCCACCCGCCUCGCUCCCUUAAUUAGCUCCGCCCCCCUCUCAUACUUAACAUCUCUCUUUGCGGCCCUUCUCCUUCUCCUCUGCCAAUCUGCCUGCUCAAGUCUCUUAUCCUACAAUAAUCCUUUCCUUGAGUUUUCUUUCCUUUCAAGCUAAUUUCCCAUCUCGCUUCCUCUUACUGCCAGGCUCCGUUAGAAACUGUGUUCAGCACUCACAGUUUCCGCGUCCUUACCUCAUUCAGACCUCAGCCCACUGACAUUCGGCUUCUACCCCUACAGCGCCAAUGAACGUGCAUGCAGACAAAUGGAAGGCCGUCAGAGGGAGGGGAGGGACAGGGGAGAAGGAGAGGGUGACUGUACUAGGGAGUGGUGGCCACGGAAUGGAAGCCUGUGUUUGAGGAGGUGCGGGACGCUGGCAUCCAGGGCGCAGGUGGAGACACAAUCUGUCCUCAGAGGCAGAGAGAAAAGAUGGGUGCGGAGGAAUCUGGAUCUUCUUCACUCCAUCCCCAAGCCUCCUCCAGGGAGCCUUCCCUGACUGAGCCCGUUGCAGAUCGACUGGGACCGCUGUCUUUCACCGCUCUCUGCGUCCGCCUGCAUCAAGGGGUCUGAGCCUCUACGGCCCUCCUCCCCACUCUGGACGGUACAGGCUUGGACCAAAAGCCUGGGCCUCGGAGGGGUGGACGGCGCGAUGGCGGAAGCGCGGCCCCGAGAGGAGCUGGCGGGCAGAGAAAGGUGGCCGGCGGCCAGCCCCGCCCCUACCUGUGUAAGCCUAUCCGCCCGCGCCUAGAGGAUAAAAGCGGCCAAGUCGCCCGCAGGUCAGCGAAUUCGGCCCCCUGUCCCCCGCCGCUCGGUCCAGCCCGGCCCAGCCAGCAUGUCCAUCCACUUCAGCUCCCAGGUCUUCAGCUCGCGCUCCUCCGCCUUCCCGGGGCGCGGCACCCAGGUGCGCCUGAACUCGGUGCGCCCCGGCGGCUUCGGCGGCAGCAGCAGCAGCCUCUACGGCCUUGGCGCCUCGCGGCCGCGCGUGGCCGCGCGCUCAUCCUACGGGGGCCCAGUGGGCGCCGGCAUCCGCGAGGUCACCAUCAACCAGAGCCUGCUGACCCCGCUGCAGGUGAACAUCGACCCCUCCAUCCAGCAGGUGCGCCAGGAGGAGCGCGAGCAGAUCAAGACCCUGAACAACAAGUUCGCCUCCUUCAUCGACAAGGUGCGGUUUCUGGAGCAGCAGAACAAACUGCUGGAGACCAAGUGGGCACUGCUGCAGGAGCAGAAGUCGACCAAGAGGAGCUGCCUCCCGGGCAUCUUUGAGGCCCAGACUGCUGGCCUGCGGAAGCAGCUUGAGGCCCUGCAGCUGGACGGGGGCCGCCUGGAGGUGGAGCUUCGGAACAUGCAGGACGUCGUGGAAGACUUCAAGAACAAGUAUGAAGACGAAAUUAACCGUCACACGGCUGCUGAGAAUGAGUUUGUAGUGCUGAAGAAGGAUGUGGAUGUUGCCUACAUGAACAAGGUGGAGUUGGAGGCUAAGGUGGACACCCUGAAGGAUGAGAUCAACUUCCUCAGGACCCUCUAUGAGGAGGAGUUGAAAGAGCUGCAGUCCAAGGUCUCAGACACGUCUGUGGUCCUGUCCAUGGACAACAGCCGCUCCCUGGACCUGGACGGCAUCAUCGCCGAGGUCAAGGCCCAGUAUGAGGAGAUCGCCAACCGCAGCCGGGCUGAGGCCGAGGCCUGGUACCAGACCAAGUUUGAGACCCUCCAGGCCCAGGCUGGGAAGCACGGGGACGACCUCCGGCGUAGCCGGAAUGAGAUCGCGGAGCUGAACCGGGCCGUCCAGAGGCUGCAGGCUGAGAUCGACAACAACAAGAACCAGCGUGCCAAGUUGGAGGCUGCCAUCUCCGAGGCCGAGGAGCGUGGGGAGCUGGCUGUCAAGGAUGCAAGGGCCAAGCUGGUGGACCUGGAGGAGGCCCUGCAGAAGGCCAAGCAGGACAUGGCCCGGCAGCUCCGGGAGUACCAGGAGCUCAUGAGCACCAAACUGGCCCUGGACGUCGAGAUCGCCACCUACCGCAAGCUGCUGGAGGGCGAGGAGAGCAGGAUGACCGGAGCUGGAGUGGGAGCCGUGAACAUCUCUGUGGUCGGUUCCACGGGCGGUGCUGGCAGCCGGCUGACCUUCAGGGGAACCAUGGGCAGCAAUGCCCUGAGAUUCUCCAGUGGUGGAGGGCCUGGGGCCCCCAAGGCCUAUUCCAUUAGCACCACAUCUGCCCCCGGCAGGCGCACCCACAACUGAGCCUCUGGUGUGGGGAGACACAUACCCUCUCCUCCCAUCGUCACAAGAGGACCUCCAUCCCUGGUCCCAUCCCUGGUCCCAAGACUGCAAGGCAGUCUGAAAAAUGAUGUCAGAAUAGCUUCCAAUAAAGCAGCUGCUUUCUGAGGCUUGGGUGAGCCAUGCCCAGCA